AUGUUAACCCAUACUGAACUCCCUCCCAACACUUCUCAGCCACCAAAAAGGGCAUCGAAAGAGCUCGCUGAGCCCGCUGAGCCCGUUGAGUCCAUGGGCCCUCUAUCCUCAAGCGGUCUCACUCUCCAAGUCGAUUUCGCUUGGUCAAAGUUCCGCAACAUAGUAGCUUCUAAAGGCGCUGAUCAACAGCUCACGCCGCUCUACGUUCAGCAUUUUCGCCCGGCAAAGCCUCAGUUGCGCUUCGAGCGCGCGUCAGAUCACGCAAUCAUCGCCAAAGGCACCAUCCACAGUUUCUCCAUCAGUGGCGAUUGCAUCAUUCAUGGCCAGGAAGUCAUUCUGAAGCCACUGAAACGCUGGAAGACCAAAUACAAUUACCUCUCGCAUGCGCUUGGCGGCAUCCCUAUUACCUGGACAGCCAACUCUACCAUGAAGGUCUGGGAUUUCGUAUGCAUAAACUCCGCGACCCAGGAAUCUAUCGCCAAGUUCGGCGUCAAUUUAUGGGCGAUGAAGCAAGUCGGCAACUUCUACUUUGAGGAGACAGAAGAGCAGGUUACAGAGGCUCUGAGAGACGAAGUUGUUGUCACAGGACUUACUCUGCUCUAUCUUAUGAUGACAAGGAUGAACAACCCGAUUCAUCUGCUUGGUGCUGCCUUUGCGAAGCCAGGGAAGGUUGAGGGCGAUGGGGAUGAAAGCGCGGUAGUACAGGAAAAUGGAGCGUCAACUGGCAAGGCGAAAACAACUUGA